CGGGCCGACUCAAACUGAGGAGGGGGCUUCCAGGUCGUAUGUAUUACAGCUGAGAGACAAAUGGUUGCAUUCUUUUGAGUUUCUGAUGAGCCUUUCCAAAGGAGGCAAUCAGAUAUGCAUUUAUCUCAGUGAGCAGAGGGAUGACUCAGAGGGAUGACUUUGAAUAGAAUGGGAGGCAGGUUUGCCCAAGCAGUUCCUAGCUUGACUUUUCCCUUUAGCUUAGUGAUUUUGUGGCACCAAGAUUUAUUUUCCUUUCUCACCUCUAAUAAGAUUCCGGAGGAAAUAUGCAGGAAGAAUCCAAGCUGCCAGGAGACAUUACUGAAAGACCGAAGGGCCCAGACCUGCUUGACCUUGUCCAUUUGGAGAGCAACAGAUAAAAAUAUAGCUGCACUACCAAUUAUUACUACUCCCCCCAAAAAGACAACUGAAUUUUCGGUGUAACAGACAGCACUUUACAAAGACACUUGGUCGAGAAAGGGUCACUCCCGAGCUCUGGGAGGCGAAGAGGACUGUGGGAGCGCUGGUCGUUGUCCCGCGGGCUCAUGGGAAAUGUAGUGCAGUUUUUCUCCAACAUGGCCGCGCCCAGGGGAGGUGGCGUGCAAGUAUCCGCUGCGGCGUUCUGGUGCUAGAGUGGAGAGGCUGGCAAAGAAGAAGGCACACGCAUGGUGAAAAUCCGGCCUGAGCUGAAGCGGAGUUUGCUAUGGACAGCAACCAUCAAAGUAAUUACAAACUCAGUAAAACUGAGAAGAAAUUCUUAAGGAAACAGAUUAAAGCCAAGCAUACUUUGCUGAGACAUGAAGGCAUUGAGACAGUAUCCUAUGCCACUCAGAGCCUGGUUGUUGCCAAUGGUGGUUUGGGUAAUGGUGUGAGUCGGAACCAGCUGCUCCCGGUUUUAGAGAAAUGUGGACUGGUGGAUGCUCUCUUAAUGCCACCUAACAAGCCCUACUCAUUUGCAAGAUACAGAACUACAGAAGAAUCUAAGAGAGCCUAUGUUACCCUCAAUGGAAAAGAAGUAGUGGAUGAUUUAGGACAAAAGAUCAUUCUGUAUUUGAAUUUUGUGGAAAAAGUGCAGUGGAAGGAGUUGAGGCCUCAAGCCUUACCACCAGGACUCAUGGUAGUAGAAGAAAUAAUUUCUUCUGAGGAGGAGAAAAUGCUUUUGGAAAGUGUUGAUUGGACAGAAGAUACAGACAAUCAAAACUCUCAAAAAUCGUUAAAACACAGAAGAGUAAAGCAUUUUGGUUAUGAGUUCCACUAUGAGAACAACAAUGUAGAUAAAGAUAAGCCAUUAUCUGGGGGUCUUCCUGACAUUUGUGACAGCUUUUUGGAGAAAUGGUUGAGGGAAGGUUACAUUAAACAUAAACCUGAUCAAAUGACCAUAAAUCAGUAUGAACCUGGGCAAGGAAUUCCUGCUCAUAUUGACACACAUUCCGCUUUUGAGGAUGAGAUCGUUUCUCUCAGUUUGGGGUCAGAGAUUGUCAUGGAUUUUAAGCCCCCAGAUGGUAUUGCAGUGCCAGUUAUGUUGCCUCGUCGGAGUUUGCUGGUGAUGACAGGAGAAUCUAGAUACCUUUGGACCCAUGGAAUCACAUGCAGAAAAUUUGAUACUGUUCAAGCAUCUGAGAGUCUUAAAAGUGGAAUUAUCACCAGUGAUGUUGGAGACUUAACUUUAAGCAAGAGGGGACUACGAACAUCAUUUACAUUUAGGAAAGUGAGGCAAACACCUUGUAACUGUAGUUACCCGUUGGUCUGUGAUAGCCAGAGGAAAGAGACUCCCCCCUCAUUUCCAGAGAGUGAUAAAGAAGCCUCACGGCUGGAGCAAGAGUACGUCCAUCAAGUUUAUGAAGAGAUUGCUGGGCACUUCAGCAGCACAAGACAUACCCCUUGGCCGCACAUUGUGGAGUUUUUGAAGGCUUUGCCAAGUGGUUCAAUAGUGGCUGAUAUUGGAUGUGGUAAUGGAAAGUAUCUUGGCAUCAAUAAGGAGUUAUAUAUGAUUGGUUGUGAUCGUAGCCAAAACCUUGUGGACAUUUGUAGAGAGAGGCAAUUUCAGGCUUUUGUCUGUGAUGCAUUGGCAGUACCAGUCCGCAGUGGGUCUUGUGAUGCCUGCAUCUCCAUUGCUGUUAUUCAUCAUUUUGCAACAGCAGAGCGUAGAGUGGCAGCUCUCCAAGAAAUUGUUCGACUCCUGAGACCGGGUGGGAAGGCACUCAUUUAUGUCUGGGCAAUGGAACAAGAAUAUAAUAAGCAGAAGUCCAAGUAUCUUAGAGGAAACAGAAAUAGCCAAGGAAAGAAAGAGGAGAUGAACAGUGAUACCUCAGUGCAGAGGUCACUUGUGGAGCAAAUGCCUGACAUGGGCAGUCGAGACUCAGCACUUUCUGCCCCCGGCAUUAAUGACUCUCAGGAAGGAGGAUGUAAUUCAAGGCAAGUUUCUAAUUCCAAGCUGCCUAUUCAUGUUAACAGGACUUCUUUUUAUUCUCAAGAUGUACUGGUUCCCUGGCACCUUAAGGGAAAUCCUGAUAAAGGCAAACCUGUUGAGCCAUUUGGUCCCAUAGGAUCCCAGGACCCAAGUCCUGUGUUUCAUCGUUACUACCAUGUGUUCCGUGAGGGAGAAUUGGAAGCUGCCUGCAGGACUGUGAGUGAUGUCAGAAUUCUGCAAAGCUACUACGAUCAGGGAAACUGGUGUGUGAUUCUUCAAAAGGCCUGAUUAUUUACCUGAACACAUCAUAUAUAAAGAAGAAAUGCUCACUUAAAAAAAAAGAGAGAAUAAAUUAAUUACCCUUUUAAUUAAAGAGAAAACUUGUGGGAAAGUACCAAAGGAAAGCUGAGAAAAAUUUGGAAGUAGGGAUUCAUUAGGAGACAUUCAAAUGUCUACUGUUGGCUGACAUCACAGAUGUGGUGUUGGCUCCUCUUACUUCCCUAGGAGAGGUGGUUUCUAAAAGUGAUUGAAGCAGUUUGUGCAGUGUUUGUAAUUCUUGGGUAAGAGCCCAGGCUUUUGAAGAUAACAGUUUUUUAGUAAAGUGCUACUAAAUGUAGUAAAUCAUGUAGGAUUUUAGGGAAGUAAUUAUAUGUUAAUGCAGAAAAUAGUCCUGGUCAAUAGAAAAAUGUCUGAAGUUUUACCUAUGAUUUUUAGCUCUGUAAAAUCAUAGACAAUAACCAUUCUGUUUCCAUGCCUGACUAGCCCAGGGCUGGACGUAUAGCGGGUGUCCAAUAACGUUUAGUCAAUCAGAUAAUACCCAGAACUUAGUAGGAGUUUCAUUCAAAAACUAUUUUUUGAACCCAACCAUGUACCAGUUACUAUUUUAAGUACUGAUAAUGAAGCAGUGAAUAAGAAAGAGCAAAGCUCUUGCCCUUAUGGUGCUUACAUUCUAGACGGGGAGACAGACAGCAGGCAAAUCAAUAAAUAGAUACUAUGUGCCAGAUAGUGAUAAAUGCCAUGAAAAACAUAAAAUGAGAGAGGAUUCACCUUGGAGCAAAAGAUUACUUUUAAGUGACUGAAAUAACUACUAAUCCUGACUAAUUUAUUAUCAAGAGUUAAUUGGUAUUCCAAAUUCAUUGAGCAGGGUGCUAAAAACAACCCAAAUGUGCUCCUUUAACUCCUUUGUUUAAAUGACAAAAGUUAGAAUGUGGUCACUCAGACCUAACUGUGCCCUUAGAGCCAAAGCUGUGGUGUCAUUAUUGGUUAUUUCUAGUUGAUUCAUAGUUUGUCCCAAUCCAGGUUCAAUCAGGGGUUAUUUUUAAGAUCUGUACAAUAUUGCAUAAUAGUAACCCAGUUAACUUACCACUUAGGUUAGAUUUCCUGGAGGAACAAAGGUAGAAAUUCAACCAUAGAUCAAAUUAUCACAUAGAAGGAAAAGGCUUUUUUUCAAAGAAAAAAUUUUUUGAACACUUUACUCCCAGUAUGCAUUACUUUUGUAGUAGUAAUGCUUAAGACUGUUUUAAAGAAAAAUUGCUUUCUGUUUAAUUAAUAUAUACUGUUAUUAAUGCUAGUGAUACUUAGUCUUGAAGCAUCAAGUUUUCAGAAACCUAUAGUGAUCAAUAAUGGGUCUCAGAUGAGAGGAUGAUUAUUUUUGUCAUGGAAUUUCAGUCCAACAUCCUGGUGUACUGGUCCCUCUGGGAUGAAUUUAUAAGGCUCAUGAUAUAGGAAAAGGAAUAUAGGGCUAAAAAUAGUUUUAUUUCUGAUAUAAAUUCUGGUACUUGACACCAAAAUUUGAAGUCAAGUCAUGCCAAUAAAUUUUAAGAUCCAAAUGAAAUAGAUGAUUUUCUAUGAAGAUGAAAAAUACCAUAAUUGACUCAAGAAGGGAGAGAAAAUGGAAGAUGUUGAAAAAUAGCAUAGGAAUUCAGAACUUGGCUCUAGAAUCAGAUUUCCUGAGAGUUGAAUUCUAGAUCUGCCAUUUAUUAGCUGUGGGAUUUUGGGCAAAUUUCUUGACUUUCUGUGCUUCAGUUUUCUUAGCUGUAAAAUUGGAAGAGUUGUUAUGAAAAUUCACUGAAAGUAUAUUUCUAUACAUCAUAGAAUAGUGUAAGAAUAUAGUAUGGCUUUGAGAAAUGUUCAUUAUUAUUACUCCCAGAGGAGUUUUAGGUAUUGAGUGAUGCCAAAUAUAAUUUAAUUGUAUAAUAAAAAUCUGUAUUCUUACUGA